AGCGCUGCUUUCCUUUCGGCUUUCACGGGGCUCAUUGAAGAAGAGCUAGGAAAGUCAUGAUGCAACCCGAAAAUGCGGCCCUGGCCUUUGAGAGUCAUUUGGGCAGUGAGCGGGGUGUCUAAACAAGAGCCUGUAAGUUGCUGCUCGGUUGAGCUGCUGCGGAAACGUGCAGCCCGGAGAAGGGGAGGGGCAGCAGCUGUCUGAAACGCUGCCAUCCUCGCGGGCACCACUUGGUGCUGCAAGGUGCCCAGUGCCAUCCCUUCCUCGAACAACCAGCUCAGAACCUCCGUGUCAGCGCAUGCACAGGACACCAGAAACUUUCCCUGCACACACCCGAUUCAUACCAACAGCAUUGCACAGCAGCAGCAGCUCUCGACAGCCAGGGUGCAGCUCUCGCGGGACAGCAUUCCUCGGGCUUUCGAACGCGCGAGCAGAUGCGCCACCUGCUCCUCCAGUUUUAGGGCCCCCGCAGCUGCAGUGUUCCGCACUUGCAAGGCCGCCGCGUCACAGGGAAGAAGCCGCUAUGGGUUCUGCCUGCCCUUGGGGUGUAUUUUGGAGAGAGGAUCGCCUCCACUCAGUACUUCAGGCCGUCCUGCGGAGGCGACGUUUAAAUGGGGGAUUCCUGAGCUGCAUCUCGCCCUUCUUGCCACUCUUCGGCGGUGCCCGUUCAUGAGCCCCUGGCUGAGACUUCUGAGAGCAUCAAGGGUUGCUCUCAUCUUUCAAGGCUCCGGACUGGGGCUGGGACAUGUCCCAGGACCCUUCUCCACACUCGAUUUGCCUGUGUCAGUAACAAUAGAAAGUAACCCAAGGGCAUUUGUGGGAAGGCUAACCCUUGUGUCAGCAGCCCUCUUCCACAGUGCUUAUGACGGAUGUCUGAACUUGGCUGCUUCCAUUCUGUCUGCAUUUCACAGAGGAUGGGGCACAUUUUAUUCCUGUCGCCGACAGAACCUGUUUUUUUACACAAAUGCAUUUGUGUGCGUUUGUGCAAUUUUUCCUCCAGAAAAUACCCAAAUCUCCCUAUAUGUGCUUUAGUCUGAGGGUGGGGAGUGCACAUCUUGGUUGCUGGGGGAGGGGUUGUAUUUUCCUACGGCUGUGUUUGCAUGAAAUUAUAGAAAGUAGAGAAGAUGAUCCGCCCGGAGAAGCUGUUCCACCACAAAUUGUGUGGAUUGGAGCCUAAACAUCGAGGCUCAUUUGAAUCCACUGCAGAUUUCUCCAGCGUCCCUCCUGACUGGCGGCACAUGGGAGCCAGUCAAGGCCCGGCCCGGCUUGAAGCUCCGCUCACAGGGAGAGAAUGCACGGUCCGCAGUCGCUGAGCACCUGCCUUUUAUCUCCUGCACCAGCAAAGCAGACCUGCCCCUGGUGUGGACGUCCCUGCUGUUUUGCUCUGUGCACUUUUUCUCUAAAACCAGAAAUCCUUCCCCUUUCCCCACUGUGCUCCAGAUGCCCUUGUUUCUUUCAUAGCUGCAACCCCAGGCCGAGCAUCUCCGGUGUGUCAGUGGGAAAGCUCACCGUCUCUGGUGAGGCUGAAAUUGGUGCCUUAGGACCCUUUCGGCCUGUGCAGGCUGACUCAGGAUGGCCCCUGAAGUAAUUCUGGCCAUGGAUGAAGGACAGUAUGAUGGAAAGGUAGAUGUUUGGUCUCUUGGGAUCACAUGCAUAGAGUUAGCGGAACGGAAACCACCUCUGUUCAACAUGAACGCUAUGAGUGCCUUAUAUCACAUAGCCCAGAACGAUUCCCCCACGCUACAGUCGAGUGAAUGGACCAACUCUUUUAGGGGCUUUGUUGAUUGCUGCUUGCAGAAAAUACCUCAGGAAAGACCAUCGUCAGCAGAACUAUUGCGGCAUGCGUUUGUUCGCUGUGAGCGGCCUCCACGGGUUCUAAUAGACUUGAUUCAAAGGACGAAGGACGCUGUGCGAGAACUGGAUAACCUUCAGUACCGGAAAAUGAAGAAAAUCCUUUUCCAAGAGGCCCACAACGGUCCUCUGAAUGAAUCUCAGGAAGAGGAGGAGGACAGUGAGCAUGGGACAAACCUGAGUAGGAAGACCGACAGUCUGAGCAGCACGCAUUCUGUCCCCAGCAUGUCUGUGAGCACGGGCAGUCAGGACAGCAGUGUCAACAGCAUGCAGGAGGUCAUGGAUGAGAGCAGCCCUGAGCUGCUCCUGCUGCAUGACGGCGAGAGCACCGUUAAUUCCGCCGCCUCGGUCGUGCACAGGAAGGAUCAUGUAUUCAUAAGGGAUGAGGUGGGCCACGGGGAGCACAGGCCUGAGCUGCGGCCUACCCACUCAGUCCAGAAUCAGGCCCUCCACUACCGGAACCGAGAGCACUUUGCCACAAUCAAAUCAGCAUCUUUGGUUACAAGGCAGAUCCAUGAGCAUGAGCAGGAGAACGAGUUGCGGGAACAGAUGUCAGGAUAUAAGCGGAUGCGGCGCCAGCACCAGAAGCAGCUGAUCGCCCUGGAGAACAAGCUGAAGGCUGAAAUGGACGAGCACCGCCUCAAGCUGCAGAAGGAGGUGGAAACGCAUGCCAACAACUCGUCCAUUGAGCUGGAGAAGCUGGCCAAGAAGCAAGUGGCCGUCAUAGAAAAGGAGACAAAGGCAGCGGCAGCAGAUGAGAAGAAAUUCCAGCAGCAGAUUUUGGCUCAGCAGAAAAGAGAUCUGACCAAUUUCUUAGAAAGUCAGAAGAAGCAAUACAAGAUUUGCAAGGAGAAGAUUAAAGAGGAGAUGAACGAGGAUCACAGCACACCGAAGAAGGAGAAGCAAGAGAGGAUAUCCAAACACAAAGAGAACCUGCAGCACACGCAGGCUGAAGAGGAGGCCCAUCUCCUCAGCCAGCAGAGACUCUACUAUGACAAAAACUGCCGUUUCUUCAAGCGAAAAACCAUGAUCAGGAGGCAUGAGUUGGAGCAGCAAAACAUUCGGGAGGAGCUGAACAAGAAGAGAACCCAAAAAGAGAUGGAGCACGCCAUGCUAAUUCGGCACGAUGAGUCGACACGGGAGCUGGAGUACAGGCAGCUGCACACGCUGCAGAAGCUGCGUAUGGACUUGAUCCGGCUGCAGCACCAGACUGAGCUUGAGAACCAGCUGGAAUACAACAAGCGGCGGGAGCGGGAGCUGCACAGGAAGCACGUCAUGGAACUGCGGCAGCAGCCCAAGAAUCUGAAGGCCAUGGAAAUGCAGAUCAAGAAGCAGUUCCAGGACACAUGCAAAGUGCAAACCAAGCAGUACAAAGCACUCAAGAACCACCAGCUGGAAGUGACUCCAAAGAGUGAGCACAAAACUAUUCUGAAGAGCCUAAAAGAUGAGCAGACGAGGAAACUUGCCAUCCUGGCUGAGCAGUACGAGCAGAGCAUCAACGAGAUGAUGGCAUCGCAAGCGCUGCGGCUCGACGAGGCUCAGGAAGCGGAAUGCCAGGCCCUGCGGCUGCAGCUUCAGCAAGAGAUGGAGCUGCUCAACGCCUACCAGAGCAAAAUCAAGAUGCAGACGGAAGCACAGCACGAGCGGGAGCUCCAGAAGCUGGAGCAGAGGGUGUCGCUGCGAAGGGCGCACCUUGAGCAAAAGAUUGAAGAGGAGCUGGCCGCCCUGCAGAAGGAGCGCAGCGAGAGGAUAAAGAUUCUGUUGGAAAGGCAAGAGCGAGAGAUUGAAACUUUUGACAUGGAGAGCCUUCGAAUGGGCUUUGGAAAUUUGGUCACAUUAGAAUUUCCUAAGGAGGACUACAGAUGAGAUUAAAUUUCUUUUGCCAUUAAAAAAAUUGCAAACAAAAAAAUCUCAAAUCCCAACAUUCCCCCCAUGUUAACGGGUGUGCUCUCUCUCUGUCUCUCUUACUGACAUCACGUCGGACUUAGUGCCUGUAUAUUCUUACUCCAUCAGGGCCCCCGCUUCCCGCCAAGUGUCCCGUUCCAGAGGUGGACCACACUCGGCGGUCUCUUGAAUCUCAUAGUGUCUCACAGUAUUGAUGUCUCUGUGCAAUGAUUUUUUUUUUAACAAAAGAAAAUUUGUUUCAGUGAAAACUUUGGAAACAAUUUAAUGAAUCAGAAAAAAGUGGAUGUAUGUUCGCUUUUGAGCAAUCACUCAUUUUUGCCACCAACCAAUGAAAAUACAAGCAAAAAACAAAAUUUAAAAAGAAAAGAAGUCCAGUCCCCAGGGGGAGAGAGAUGGAUACUGCAGCCUUACCUUAAUCAGCUGCUGCAUAACUUUUAGUUUUUAAUUUUAUUAUUAUUAUUUCUUCUUUUGGUAUUUAUUCAUCAGGAAUAAUUAAAUAAAAAUAAUAAAAAUUUUAUUAAGAGAUCAAGAAAUUUGAUACAUUUUACAGAAAAUACGAAUUCUGAAUCGUGCUGUACAUAUCAGUGUUGGACAUAUUACUUUGGGGGCGGGGGGGAGGGAGGGGGUUGGGAAAGAGGGAGAGAGCGAUUUUUUUGAAAAGGGCCGGGCCAGUCCAGGUGGGUUUUUGGCCGUGGUCUUUGGCACAUUCUUGAUUGUAUCAUAAUCAUUUUCUGCUGUAGCAGAAGAUGUGACUACACUUAAAAAAAAAGGCGCCCAGAGGACCCCAGGAGCACAAAUUGGGCCUUGUCAAAUUGUGUAUUUUGUGUAUAGAAGGAAAUUUAA